CUCACAUCACUGGAGAGGGAGCAGCCCAUGUUAGCAGCUGGCCUGAUUUCCAUGGCGGAAAUGACUGACUGUUCUCCCAAAAUCACUUUUGACUCUGGCUGCUCGAGGCGAGGGGCUUCUAACACAGACCGGUCUCCUCAUCCCAUGAACAAACAAGAAGAGCAACAAGAGGGGUGCAGCGUCGGCUACGAGUCUGUCCUGCGACUGCGCAAAGGACACAUGCCAGUCACAUCCGAGGACACAGACUCCCAGCAUGAACAGUUCGACCAUCUGUCCCCCCUCCUGGCGGACCCCCCUCCGUGUCCUGCACAAGAUAAUAACGUAGAGGAAAAUGACAGCGUUGAAGAACCGGCUCAGGAAGAUGAAGGCUUCAUGGGAAUGGCCCCUCUCCUUCAAGCCCACCAUGCCAUGGAACGUGUGGAGGAAUUUGUGUGCAAGGUGUGGGAGGGAAGAUGGAGGGUCAUCCCCCACGAUGUACUACCAGACUGGCUAAAGGACAACGACUACCUGCUGCAUGGCCACCGGCCCCCCAUGCCUUCCUUCAGAGCCUGCUUCAAGAGCAUCUUCAGGAUACAUACUGAGACCGGCAACAUCUGGACCCACCUGCUAGGAUGCGUAUUCUUCCUCUGUCUGGGGAUCUUUUACAUGUUCCGACCCAACAUGGCAUUUAUAGCCCCGGUGCAGGAGAAGGUGGUUUUUGGGAUGUUUUUCUUGGGUGUGAUCCUGUGUCUGUCCUUCUCCUGGCUCUUCCACACGGUGUAUUGUCACUCGGAGGGGGUCUCCCGCGUCUUCUCCAAGUUGGAUUAUUCGGGCAUUGCUCUUCUUAUCAUGGGCAGCUUUGUUCCCUGGCUCUACUACUCCUUCUACUGUAACCCGCAGCCGUGCUUCAUCUACUUGAUCAUCAUCUGCGUGCUGGGCAUAACAGCCAUCAUUGUAUCCCAAUGGGACCUCUUUGCCACCCCUGAGUACAGAGGAGUUAGAGCAGGUGUGUUUGUAGGCCUCGGCCUGAGCGGAAUCAUCCCCACCUUUCACUUUGUCAUCGCAGAAGGUUUCCUAAAGGCGGCGACCAUGGGUCAGAUUGGGUGGCUGGUGCUGAUGGCCAGUUUGUACAUCACCGGAGCUGCUUUGUAUGCGGCACGGAUCCCAGAACGCUUCUUCCCUGGAAAAUGUGACAUUUGGUUCCACUCCCAUCAGCUGUUUCACAUCUUUGUGGUUGCCGGAGCUUUCGUCCACUUUCACGGUGUGUCCAACCUCCAGGAAGUGCGGUUCACGGUGGGCGGAGGCUGCGCAGCUCAGGAAGUGCUGUAAAUUCCCAAACUGCCACACAGGAGGAUACAGCACGUUCCAACCGCCACCACCGCAAAGCCGGGGGCGGGAAGAAGCAGAAGAAAUCCUUCCCUACCGUCUGAUUUGAGGUGGAACGACGUAAAAAAAAAAAAAGGGGACAGAAACCCCCCCAUAAAUCCCCGGACUAAACCAGCUUACCUCGACCAUUACUUUCCAUGCGUGGAGUUAUUUAUUCCAGGAGGGGAGCCACACCUUUCGUACUUUUGGUUCUGGAGUGGGUGGGGUUUUUUUUUUUUUUUUGUUCUCUCUCCGGCACUGACGUGGUUAAAUUAUUUUGCUACUUGAGUCUCCUCCAGACACACCAGGCUGCAGGUCUCCAGUAGGCUCUAUUUGUUUUUCUAGCUCUUCCUUCUUCUGGAGAGAGGGGCGGGGCAUCCAUAUUACCCAAGCAUCGUUACUUCCCCUUAAACUCUGGUGUGAGAUUCACUAUUUGGUGCAUUAAAAAAAACCUACAGAGGGAAAGCGGCCAGUAGAUCUGGUGUAAUAACGAUAAAAAAAAAGAAAAGAAACUGUAUAAUAUUCUCUUUUAAGAAAAAAAAUUUCUAUACAUUUUUGAAAAAAACAAAAAUUCACGUAAAAUUCUUCCCGGCACGAUCCACUGUCUAUAUAGGGGGAAAUGUUUUGCACAAGCGCGAUGGGGUUAACGGCACAACUCCGAAUGUUACUAGUGAUCCUUGUGACUAUGAAGAUUUUCAUUCAUCCAGGUCAUGGUAUAUCUACCUAUACUAGAUAGUGAUCCUUAUCCACGCUGGCGGUGUCCAAUCAAAGCACAGCCUUGGUGUCGCAAAUACUGGGGUCCCCACUUAGGAGGUGGAGGUGGGGCACGUUUCUCCGCUACCCCCUCUCAAGGGCGACGGGCCUUUCUUUAUAGGACGUCACCAUCACCGAAUGUUCUGCACUUCCCUGGAAAACUGUGGAUUCUCCAUGGAGAAUGAGACUCCGCCCCCUGUCUCUGUCAUAAGCUAAAGAGCACCAAUCAAUGCAAAGUCGGCCGUGCGGUUAAACCUAAUGAAAAUUGCACCCCUAAGAAAAUAUAGUUCCGAGGUUGAAACAACGACUGUGUUUAACGUUCUACUUCUGAAUCCGGGGAUCGAUCUCUGGACUUCCCGUUCAUGUUCUAUCAGGCUCCUCCCACAAGGCGUCGCUUGUGGGAGGAGCUCAAAUAUGUCCGCCGGACACACGGAGUUUAAAUGCCCUUCCCCCCCCGAGGCUCAGUAUACCAUUGUUUUAUGGUACAAACCAUUUAACGAAGGAGGGGGGGGGUUCGGAAAUUGUUGUACAUUAAGAAUUUUGGGGGGGCCUCUAAACAACCUUGGAAGACUUGGGAGUAUUUGCAAAUACCAGACAUCAGUAUUAACCUUCCAGCGACCUAGAACGUGGGAGUGGACUGUAGAGCAGUAAGGUAUCCGGUACUGGCUCACUAUAGUUUUACCACCCUCUGUAAGCGUAUAAGGAUUUGCAUUGUGUAUUAUGUUCUUUUGGGUAUCCAGUUUAACUCUUUCCCUGCCUGAGCACCCGACAUAUCAAAGUGGGCGGGGCUUACAAGGGCCAAUAAAAACCAAGGUUAAUGAGCCACUUGACUUUGGCUAACUCCCCCCUAAUACACUAUUCUGGGACAUUGUUCGGGGCAGCACUGCCCGAUUGCCUUAUAAUCUCAGUUUUAACAGGGGAGGGGCCAGCGAGUACCUACCUGCAAGUGUGUGCGACCCCCAGGACUAAACCGUAGCUUGUCAUACGCUCCCCUGCUUCGACCCUCAGUCAAUAGUGGCCUUGUAAUAAUUAGAAUUCAUGGUUAUUCUUUUCUCUUGUUUACUGUGAGAAGCAGCAAAGCACAUUUUGGGGGUGGGGGGGUGACGACAUGUCUGUUUAAUGCUAUAGCGAUUAUGGGGGUGUAAUUCUCAUCUCUCGCUUGUAUUCACAAAUUCUCUUAAUAAACUAAACCGUUUCAA